UUGGGCGUCAUGGAACGUUCGCCGGGAAGAUUGCAAAUGCGCUUGUUCCUCACACAACUGUAGUUUUGUAUCUCUGAGCGCCGUACAAUGAACGGAGAAAGCAACUCAAAGCGGGCUCGACGGGAUUACCCGUCGCCGUUGGAUGAUGGUUUCCACACUCCGGAGAAGCGGAUCAAAGCGUUGCCUACUGCUAAAGGCGUAGAUUACCGGGAAUGGGGCGAAGAGGAUGUCUGCAUGUUUCUUGCCAGCAAAGGAUUUGGCAGUGUACAGAACGUUUUCAGAGAAAACAAAAUAAAGGGACGAGUGCUACAGUUUCUUACGGAAUCUCACCUCAAAGAGCUUGACAUUGGUCCUGUAGGUGUCCGAUUGGAUUUACUAGUUUGUUUACAAUCCCUGUGCCAGAGUUCUCCUGAUAAGAUGAAGGUGUUCAAUGACCCAAUACACGGUCACAUUGAAUUGCAUCCGCUACUUGUCCGAAUCAUAGACACUCCCCAGUUUCAGCGUCUGAGAUAUAUCAAACAACUGGGGGGCAGCUACUAUGUGUUUCCCGGAGGAUCACACAACCGAUUUGAGCAUUCUAUUGGUGUUGGGUACUUGGCAGGGUGUCUUGUGCAGGCCUUGCAGGAGAGACAGCCGGAGCUUCAGAUUGAUCACCGCGACAAAUUGUGUGUCCAGAUUGCAGGACUUUGUCAUGAUUUGGGUCACGGGCCAUUUUCACAUAUGUUUGAUGGGAGGUUCAUGCCACUGGCCUGUCCAAAGAAAAAAUUUAAGCAUGAAUCCGCUUCCGUUGAAAUGUUUGAUCACCUUGUUAAAUCCAAUAACUUGGAGGACAUUAUGAAAGAGUACGGACUGUGUUUGCCAGAUGAUUUAUUGUUUAUUAAAGAGCAGAUAGCAGGGCCUUUAUCUGGUGUUGCUGAGCAGGAGUUUGAGUCCAGCCAAAAUAAUUCAUCAUGGCCAUAUUUUGGCCGAACUGAAGAGAAACGUUUCCUGUAUGAAAUUGUGGCUAACAAAAGAAGUGGGAUUGACGUGGAUAAAUGGGACUAUUUUGCCAGGGACUGUCAUCAUCUGGGGAUUCAAAAUAACUUUGAUUACCAUCGAUUUCUUAAAUUUGCCAGAGUUUGUGAAGUUGGGAACAAGAUGCUCAUUUGCACUAGAGACAAGGUAACACUUUUUUUCAUUAUUCAUUUUUAUUCCAUGUCAGAACGUCGCUGCAAGACUGCCACACUUGAGAGGCUGUGCCUGUUCCACAGCAUGGCUCCUGGAGGGUCCACGUUAGGAAGGAAUCCUUUCAAGUCUGGUGAGCUGCUUUGCUGCUGGGCAGUCUGUGUUGGAGGUACCACUCAGCAAUACACUUUUAAGGAUAAAUCACAUUUUUACCCAGUUAAUGCACGUGAUCACAUAAUAGAUUUAUUUCAAAGGACCAUAGAAAAGGAACUAACCGACCUUCACAAAACACUCCAGUCAACUACAAUAAGUAAAGCCAGAGAUAAUUUAAGCCGCCAUGAGAGAAAAGCACUUAAAGAUCUACAAGAUAACCCCAACAUAGUCAUUACUAAGGCGGACAAAGGAGGGGCUAUUGUUGUCUUAAACACCACUGAUUACUUAGAUGAAGUACACAAACAUCUAGAGGAUAAAGAUCAGUAUAUGAAACUCACAUUUAAUCCUACCAUAAAUUUCUUUAUAGAUCACAUUUUUCAGCAGAUCCUUUAUUCAAACAGUCCUGAGCUGGCUGAAGCCAGGGAAAUCUUGAAGAAAGUAGAGCGACGGGAAUUAUACAAAUACGUGGGGCAGACUCAUCCUAAUUCUGGCAACAGAAUUAAACCUGAGGAAGAUGAGAUAUUACCGGCUGAGAUAGCAAAUUCUACUCCACAGACUUCCCAGUCUGAAUGCAAACUUAACGCAGAAGAUUUUAUAGUGGAUGUUAUUCAAAUGGAUUAUGGUAUGAAAGAAAAGAACCCAAUUAACAACGUGAGAUUUUACUGCAAGUCUGACCCAACAAAAGCCAUAAAAAUUCGAAAGGAUCAGGUGUCUCAGCUUCUGCCAGAAAGAUUUGCUGAGCAGAUUAUCCGCGUUUACUACAAGAAAACUGAUGAAAAAAGCCUAGAGAUUGCAAAAAGAUAUUUUGUUCAAUGGUGCAUGGACAGAGACUUCUCCAAACCUCAGGAUGGUGACAUAGUAGCCCCGGACAUGACCCCAUUGAAAGCCAGCUGGAUUGAUCCCGAUGAUGAAAAUGACCAUUCGCCAAGACAGAAAGAACUUGUGCAUAAAUCUAAAAUCCAACUUUUUAAAUAGCUAAAAAUUCACCGCGGACUGUGAUAGAGAAUUCAAAAGUUUUAUGUUAAUUUUAAUUUUAUUUUACAGAUAUUAACGAAUCAACCUAGACGUUUUCUGGAAUGUUUUUUUGCCUUUUUAAGUAUUGAGCAGAACCCUUCAAAUUGUCCAAGUUUCCUUUUUAAUUUAAAGCAGUGGGCAUCCCUAAAAAAAAAAAAAGUAUGUAUAACUGAAUAUGCACACUUAGAAAGUAUCGCAUAUUGAUAAGUUCUAUAAACCAUUUAAUUGGUGUAAAUUGGCAAAAGAGCGUGACUUAUCUUCAGUUCACUCUUCACUUGUUCAUCUAAUUGAACCAUGUUCUUCAAAACGUCAUCUUAAUUUUUCUUUUUUUUUAACCUAAGCUUUAGUUCCUUUUUUUACUUAUGUGAAUCACAAUUUGGUUACAAGAAAAGUAUUCUAAACAUAUGGAAUACACAUUUUCAAUAUGUAAAUCAAUUUUGUUCAAGGAGCUGUGUGUGUGUGUAUGUAUGUAUGUA